ACCAGGAAAAGUGACUAUGAAUGAUGAAGAUUUUUCUAAAUAUUUGCUUAUAUCUCCGAAAUGGUAGAAUUUUGGCUAAAAAUAUUAGGUGGAAGUCAUAGUGGAUGUUCAGGGCUAUCAGUGUAUUGGAUUUUAAAUUCACAUCGACCUAUAUUUACGUGAGAAACGCAUUGGAAAGAACCAGGUGCUGGUCAGGGGUCCAGGAUGAGCAGUUGUCACAUUGGGUGCAUUAUAUGCAUAGGAUGCCUAUGUUUGCUGAGUAAUGCACAGUUAGGGAGCAGCAUUGGGGAGGUGGCACAAUCUGACCCGCCGGUACCACAUAUAUGUCGGAGCAAAGAUAUUCGAAACAAAGUGGUCAAUUUCGCAGAACUAGAAAAUUGCACUGUGAUAGAGGGAUACCUCAAAAUUCUCCUUAUAGAUCGGGCAGGCCCUGAGGAAUAUGAUGGUCUUACAUUUCCAAAGCUAGUCGAAAUUACAGGAUAUUUGUUAUUAUAUCGUGUGUUUGGUUUAAAAACAUUACGGGGUAUAUUCCCAAAUUUAGCAGUGAUACGGGGCCAGGAGUUAUUUUUUGAUUACGCCCUGGUUGCAUUUGAGAUGCCAAAUUUAGAGGAAUUAGGAUUAGUUAGAUUAACGACGAUUCAACGGGGAGCAGUGCGUUUAGAGAAAAAUUCAAAUUUAUGCUACAUCGAUACGAUUGACUGGGGUUUAAUAGUGAGCCACGAAACAUCUUCAGAGGAUCAUUUCUUUGCCGAAAACAGGAAUGCUGAUGAGUGCGUUAAUGUUUGUCCGAGGGAUAGGUGUCCCAUCCGAGAGCUGGAUGAGAAGCGACGUAUCUGCUGGACUAGCCUCGACUGCCAAAUCGCUUGUCCAAGAGAGUGUCCUACAAAAUUCUGCAAUACAAGCAUCCUCACCAGUGAACGAAAGUCUUUAUGUUGUCACGAGCAGUGCAUUGGUGGAUGUUACGGGGAAGGGCCAAUGAAAUGCGUUGCAUGUAAAAAUUUCUUCUACAAGGGCCGUUGUCAGCCAAAAUGUCCACCAUCCACUUAUGAGUUCUGGGACAGACGGUGUAUUCAAGAGCAAGAGUGUAAAGAGAUGCAGAAGAUAAAGCGGCCAAACAUUACACGGUGGAAGACUUUUGACGGGAAGUGUAUCAAGAAUUGUCCUGUGGGAUACACAGAGGAUGACACAGUGCAAUGGAAAUGUAAAAAGUGUGAGGGGCCAUGCCCAAAAGAAUGCAGUGGGACAAAGAUCGAAAGCAUCGCCACAGCGCAGAGAUUAAAAGGUUGCACUGUCAUCAAAGGUUACCUCGAGAUCCAAAUCAGAGGAGGAAAAAACAUAGCCAAAGAACUAGAGGAAAACUUGGGAUUAAUCGAAGUCGUAUCAGGAUAUGUGCGAAUUGCUCGAUCUCACGCAUUGAUCUCACUAAACUUCCUGAAGAGUCUGAAAGUCAUCAAGGGCAAGCGGAAACAAGCUGACAACGACAGCCUUAUGAGCAGGUACUCGCUGUUCGUGGUGGAUAACCAAAACCUACAGGAGAUUUGGAAUUUCACGACCCACCCAAACCUCACCAUCGAAUCGGGACGAAUCUUCUUCCAUUUCAACAGCAAGCUGUGCCUCGACAAAAUCUACCGCUUGGCCAAUCAGGUUGGAAUCAAGGAUAAACAGUCAGCUGAUAUAUCGCCCAAAACAAAUGGGGACCAAGUCGCAUGCAAUAUCAGUAAGCUGCAGAUCAUCAUGACGAAUAUUGGAGGACGCUACUUGGUGAUGAAGUGGAAACCGUUCACGACCAUCGCUGACCACCGAGAACUUAUUGGUUACACGAUCUCCUACAGGGAGGCACCAGAGAAGAACAUUUCAAUCUACAGUGAACGAGAUGCAUGUGGCAAUGCAGUGACAGAAUGGAAGAGCGUGGACAUCAUCAUCAACAGAUAUGCAGACCUGAGUGGUGAAGGAGAUGGUUUUGAUCGAGUCACAGUCCUGUCAACAAUUGACGCGCUCCGGGAGGCUGAAGAUUUGGCACCUGAUUUGACCAUGCUGAUACAUGCUUGGAAGAUGGAGGAUAUCAUCAAUACAAACCCAUCCUACGUGUACCAUAUCUUGACCGGCCUGGAGCCAUGGACCCAGUAUGCUGUCUAUGUCCAGACCUACACUGUUGCCUCAUCAAACGAAGGCGCCAUGAGUGAACUGGUAUACUUCAAGACAGAUCCUGAGGUUCCUACCCAUCCCAGGGAUGUCUUAGUCAACUCGCCACAUGCCGGUGAGCUCCACGUCCGAUGGAAAGAGCCCCUUAAACCAAAUGGCAAUGUGACACAUUACUAUGUGUACUGGUCGCCCCAGCCUGUCCGAUCAGAGGAUUAUGACCGCAGGGACUACUGUACUUACAAGCUGAAGUUUCUCUCCAAAAGCAGUAUGAAGGUCAAGGAAGACAAUCCAGCCAAUAAAACCUUAUCUGGAAAAUGUUGUGCCUGUCCAAAGACACCAAAAGAAAAACGGAUCGAGGAGGAUGAACGCAAAUUCCAGAUUGAAUUUGAGAACUACCUGCACAACUAUGUCUACCAGAAGCGGCCAGUGGGGUCUACCGCUGUCUCUGCAAGGAAGCGUUCAAAACGAGAAACAGCAUUUCUGCGCACAGGUUUAAACAACGAUGUCAGCAACACAUCGUUGGUUAUUUAUGGCAACCAGACUGAUGACGAGGAGGAGGAUGAGGAGGACGGGUAUCUUGCCGCCAUCGUUUAUAAUAAACGCGAAAUUAUCCUUCCAAAUCUUCGUCACUUUCAAACAUACAGUAUAGAGGUCGUUGCCUGCCAGGAAUAUGAUCCAGUGGCUGAUAGGAAGUAUUGCAGUAAUCGAGCCAUCAUUACAGCCACAACUAGAUCAUCUGAUCUGGCUGAUAACGUUGAUGACAGGACUGUGAACGUGACCAGUAGUGCAACAGGAAUACAUAUUAUGUGGGCGGACCCUGUCAGCCCUAAUGGAUUGGUCAUCACAUAUGAGAUAGAAUACUACAGGAACAAUGUAGGAAAUAUAAAAAAAACGACCAUUUGUAUUCCUCACAAAACUUACCGAGUCAGACGCGGCUAUAGAUUAGAUAAUUCCAAACUGCCGCCAGGAAACUACACCUACCGUAUUCGAGCAACUUCUUUGGCGGGCAAUGGAACUUGGACUCGACCAAUGAACUUCACUGUUGUUGAUUUGAAAGCGGAAGAUGAUGAAUUUUGGAAGCCUGAGAUGAUCGCUCUGAUUGUCUGCCCAGUGUUGUUGGUGUUUAUUCUGACUGCAGCUGGCCUUAUCUGGUUCUUUGUCAAGAAGAAGCUCUUCCCUGGUGUGCCUGAUGGCAUGUACAUUUCCGUCAAUCCAGAGUAUAUGAACACAGAAGGAGUUUAUGAGCCAGAUGAAUGGGAAGUUGACCGCGACAAGAUUAAACUCAUACGAGAACUUGGCCAAGGAUCAUUUGGUAUGGUGUAUGAAGGGGUAGGCUCAGGAUUGAAGAGUGAAAGUGAUCCUGAUAAGCCUAUACCUGUUGCUGUCAAGACGGUGAAUGAGUCAGCUUCAAUGCGUGACAGAAUAGAAUUCUUGAAUGAGGCAUCAGUCAUGAAAGCAUUCUGUUGUAAUCAUGUGGUGAAGUUGCUAGGGGUCGUGUCCAAGGGCCAACCAACAUUAGUUGUCAUGGAACUCAUGGCAAAUGGAGAUCUCAAGAAUUAUCUCAGGAUUCAUCGGCCAGAUGUUGAAGACAAUGAGGGUAGAAAACCACCUGGAUUAAAACGUAUUCUACAAAUGGCUGGAGAAAUAGCAGAUGGUAUGGCAUAUCUAGCCGCCAAAAAGUUUGUUCAUCGAGAUUUAGCUGCAAGGAACUGCAUGGUUGCAGAGGGGUUAACAGUAAAAAUAGGAGACUUUGGUAUGACGCGAGAUAUUUAUGAGCGAGAUUACUAUAAGAAAGGUGGUAGAGGGUUACUGCCAGUACGCUGGAUGGCCCCAGAGUCACUCAAAGAUGGGGUCUUCACAAGUACAUCUGAUGUCUGGUCAUAUGGUGUGGUAUUAUGGGAAAUGGCAACUCUUGCAGCACAGCCAUACCAGGGUUUAUCAAAUGAACAAGUCCUCAAAUUCGUCAUAGAUAAGGGACUCAUGGAAAAACCAGAAGGUUGUCCAGAAAAAUUGUUUGAUCUCAUGUGUUUGUGUUGGAAGUAUAACUCAAAACAAAGGCCAACCUUCAAUGAAAUAAUUGAGAUUCUUGUGCCGGACUUAUCUCCUGAGUUCUCCGAGCUUUCGUACUUCUUCAGUGAAUCUAAUCGACGCCAUGACUUACAAGAGGCAGCUGAGGAGUGCUGCCCUCUUACGGGGACAGAGGAUACUAAUCCUGAAGCCAUUAUGAUGGCAGAGCUAAACUGUGACAGUGUUAAUGAGGCAGACCCUGAGAUGGGUUUACCAUGUAAUCACAUAUCAAACAGUCCAACACAUGGCAAUUCCAGUAGAAACUCAAACUAUUCAGAUUCGAAGUCCAAAAAUAAACAAAAGGAGAAGCGACCAAAAGACUGUGCAUUGAAUCAAAGCUCGCCGUCUACGAGCAAUCGUAAUCCAAACUGUUCUGUUAGUAGUCCAAGUUCAUCAGACGGGAGUAAGAGUGAUGGUAGCAAAGCAAGCAUGAGAAGUAAUGGUAGUGCGUAUUCCCAUAUGAAUGGGUUAGCCAAUGGUCAUGUCAAUUCACCAAUUCAACAACUUACGGAGUGCUAGCAGAGCUAAUCGUGUUGAUAUAGUCCUGUCAUUUUUGCUACGUUAAGCGAUUUUGGAUACUGUGCAUCAUUCGUGUGUCUGUUAGUGGAUUCAUUAUGUGUCCCUUAUCGGGCUUUGGAUACAUCGAGUGUUAUACUCCACAACAUGGAUAUAGAUGUUCUUUCCAAUAUUGUGGACCAGGUACAUGUAAUGUUGAAACCAUUUCAUAUUCGAAAUUUGGGUGGCAGCCGCGAACAUUAAACUCGCGAAAAUUUCAAUUCUAAUGCAUUACCCAUUAGAUUUUGGCAGCAAAUGAAGAAUUUGGUCAACUGCAAAAUGAAGUCUGUAAACUCUUGGCUUAACAUUACCUGGUUCACAGUAUGUGUAUUCCCUUGUCUGUGUUCUCUUUGUUUGAAUGCUGUUAGUUAGGCUGCAGCUGCCAGUUUUAUUUAUCUGGAUCAGUCAAUCCCUGGGAUGUACUUAAUCUUUGGGAUGGACAGCAUUUGAGUGAGUCAUUUGGAACUUAAAGAUUUCAUUCAACAAUAGUUGCAGGAAGGAAGAGUUCAUUUACUAAGUUAUUUUUAACAUAGGGGGAGGAGUAGCAAGUUGACAUACUAAUUCAGCCAAGAAAUAACCCCAUUUCUUGGCAGAUCAGAAUUGACCAGCCUAAAUAACAAAAAGUUGGCUGAUAGAUUCUUCUUUCCUGUAAUUAUCACAAAGGUUACUUUACACAUUUUCAAAUGGAACUUUCAUGACCAGUGCUUUUGCCUAUCAAUUAAGUUUCAAAAUAAACCAUUAUAGAUUAUAUUGUCAAUGUGAGGAUGUUAUAAGAUGUUUGCAGUCAAAUGCCCAACUGUCCUUGAUUUCCUAUGCGAUUGGUGCUAGAUAAAUUAAAGGUUUUUUUAUUGAUUAUUGAACACAAAAUGAGCUGACGUUUUUACCACAUGCUAAUAUUUAUUGAUGGUUAAUGACUAGUAGCUGAUGAUUGGCAUAAAUUAUGAUAAAAAAACCAAGGAUUAGAUCGGAAAAACGGGAUAUUGUAUUAAAAUCUGGGAAACGAUAGGGCAAUGGGAGAUUGUUUGUAUCAAAUUGAUGCUGAAAUCAGUGCAAAACCUAAGAACAAAGUUUCUGUAAAUCGUGAAAUUUACAGUAAAAUGUGAAAAUAUUGGGAUGUUGUCACACCGCCGGGGAACUCUAAGAUCAGUGCACUACCAUAACCAGUUUGUAAAAUGAUCAUGAUGGAUGUUUGUGCAAAUAUUUCUAUGUACCACAGUAUUUUUAUUUUCAUAUCGAGAGACAAUAUGACUAUAUAGUGUGAUGAAAUUGUUGAAUUUCGUCAAUGGAUUGUAUUUUGGAGAUGAUUUUGUUUAUAGUCUGGGAUGAAGGAUGAAUUUUACAGUCUUUGAAUGACAAUAGUUUAUGCGCUACCAGUGGGCAGUUCCAGAAUACAAUCAUUCGAUGCUGAUCCACUAAUGGUGACAUCCACUAACUGACUGAGAGUCAAAUUCGCAUAUCAUUGCUCCAUGUAGAAUGAUUCCUUUUGUACAUGUAAAUCCAAUCAAGUUAUCUUGAUAACUGAUCUUUUGCGAGAAUGGGUUUUUGUCACUAUUGUACAAUGUUGUAUUUUGUAAUGUGUUUGACUUCUGUUAUCAUGAAAAUUUGAACUUAUUGUUAGAAAUAAACAGGUGUUUUUAGGAUUUGUGUAAUAUUCAUGGUCUAAGAACCUUAGAAUUCCGGUGACGAAACUUUUUCUUGGUUUUGAUGUUGUUGCAACUUGUUACAUAUGUGUACGAAGGCACCUUGAAGUCGCCCAAGGAUUCUAGAUGGACAUGUGGUUGCUAAAUCAAUUUGCCCUUCACACCCGCCACAACUGGCUCAAGGGGUAACCCGUCGAUUGACCUUGGUGUCAUUUCUAAAAAACUGUUCUGUGCAUAUCCUUGAUGAUUUCUCGGUUCAAGCCAGGCAAACAGCAGUAUGAUUCAGCAAGAUACAAUAUCACAAUAUUUAUAUGUAUGUGAAAUGCUGUACAUUUUGUGUAGGAGCGUUGUGUAUUUUUAUAUUCGGCCAUGUGCCGGCACAGGUUAAUCAAGCUUUUGCCAGUCAUGCCCAUUCAUCUAGCUGUGCCAAACAUGAUGAGUAGAGACCAAUGCAGGCUGAUUGGCAGACGACAUAUGUAGCUGGAUCUGGCUACAAGUUGCCAAUCAAGAAACCUUGCCUGACUGCCCAAAUGAGGAAUUGUCUAGCCUCAUUGAAGUGACUACUUGCGUUUGGGGCCAUUUCAAAAUUGAUUGAUGUCGCUUGGGGUAAUUCCAGGAAGAUGGGGUUUGCCGUUUAGGAUUUUAGGUUUGUGACUAUGAUUUAUUUGGCAAAAUCCAUGUUUCCUGAUGAUUCCUUGUUUGGCUAUGGAAUGGGAAGGGGGCGAGAGAAAAGCAUCACUUAUCAGGUUUUCUAUGACAUAAAGUAAUUUUGAGAUGGUCCCUUAUUUGAGAUUAUGCUGUUGGCAACUCGAAUUCAUCAUAAAAUGAUAAAAGGAUAAUUUAUAAUUUCUGUGAAGCCUGUAAAUAUUGUAAACAAAUUUUGAAGUCGAAGUGUAAAUAACCAUUUUGUUUACUGUGCAUGUUGUGGACUAUAAGAGACAUGAGUUCCUGUGGUAUAUUUGUAAAAAGAGCUCUUAAGAGAACUGCGGUAAAUGUACAUGACAAAAAACGUUUCCAUUUUUUGAUUGGGGUUGCAUAUGAUAGUCUUUUUCACUCGAAUUACUCCUGUCAAUUCCAUGUCUGUAUGAAUGGAAUACUUCUUCUUUGUUUUUAUGCAUAGGUAAUCCUAGUCAGGCACAUAUGAAAUGGGUUUGAUCAGUUCAUAACUUGGAGCUCAGCAAACUGAGACCAAGUGAGAAAUCUUUCUACAUUUCCGACACCAACAUGUUUUGAUAGUUCUUUUCUUUGUUGUCCUCUGAACCAAACACACCCUCCACAGCUUCACUCAAACUGGUUUUGCAGUGUACAACAGAGUUCCGCAGUGAAGUUUAUUCGCGAACAUAUUUGCUAUACAGUGCUAUUUUAGUUUGUUCUGUUUUAUUUUGUCACAUUUCACUAAGGAUGUAUUAGAAAGGCACCACCUUGCAUAAGAUUUUAAUUCUUUUCCUUCUUUUGGUAAUAUUUGCCUUUUCACUUGAUAUCUUAACCAGAAAUAUUUUGUGUGAUUUUAUUGUUCAUUUACAUCUAUUUUGUUCUGUUUUUAUCUCCUUUAAAAACCUUUGUUAUCUUAAAUGGCUAAUACUAAAUUGUAUUACUUUUGAGGAGAAGCAAGUUUUGUUUGUUAUAGUCAAAAUGAUUUAGUUAUGGUUGGGAGGGAGCGAGAAAAACCAGGCUGGUAGCAAGUAUUUUUGACAAUGAAUCAUUUGAACCAAAUUUUGUACAGCUUUGACAAAGAUUCAGCAUAUGCCACUUAAAAAAACCAAUGUAGGUCACAGCAUGCUUUGUUAGGUCUCCGUAAAGAUCUCUUAUCAUCUUUGAUAUGCAUUUGUUGACUUUUGCAACACUACCACCACACAGAUAUGUGCGGUUUCCUCAGAGAUAGUCUUUAAGGAGGAGCAUGUCGCGACAUAAUGCCGAGUCUGCACUUGCGAUGUAUACCGUUCCUGUAUUAUGGACUGUGUUAUGUCAAUAUUUUGUGAAACAUGUACAUCUCCGAAUCAGCGGUUGUAUAGGAAUACGUGAUCUACAUUCUUGUAAAAGUGCCCUGCUGGCAUUAACUCAGUCUUGAGGCUUCUCCUUUUGAUUUCUGUCAACUACCAGGAAUUCAAUUACACACCACCUGCACAUGUACAGAGGGCAAAACUAUGACUCAUUAGAAACCUACUGGAAUGUAGUAUUAUAUUGUUUCCAGUGUGUAACACCAUUGCCUUUCAUAUAGAGAUGUCAUAUCUAUACACUUAUGAUGGCUGUCAGUAAUCCGCAUAACUCCUUUCCGAAGAUAGUAUCGCCUCUUAUGAACUGAUAAGGUUAUACACCUGCAGCCUGUACAUCUCUCUGUACAGAAAUCUUAGCCUGUAUGCACUGAAAAUGGGUGUAAAAUCAGUGAAUUUGUGCCGUGCCAGUGGCUCAGGAACAUCAAAAUCACUGACACGACAAACUUCAAUAUUCUACUCUUGGUGAUUAUCAAGCCUGUGUUGAACUCUUUUCACCUGUCAUAAAAUGAUGAAAUUCAUGCAGACAGUUUCAAAAGGAGCAGAAAAAGAUUUGAUUUGAAACUGUUAAAUGUGACUAAGACAUUGUUUACUGUGAUAUAGAGAAACAUUCCUCAUUUGUGGCAAGCACAGUAUGCAGCACAGAGAGGCUUCUAUGUCUUUGAUAAUGAUGUUCAAGACUUGGCAAGAAAUAUGAGUGACUAAAUAUACUCCAUUUCAUAAAAAAUGGCCCUGCACGCGAAACAAAAAUGACUAGGAAGAUUUGUCAAUAUUUCAUGAAAAAUGACUUCUACUCGGUCACGCUUUAGUCGUUCUGACAAAGUAAGUAGUUUUAGAUACUUUGGACUGUCUGAUGAAAUGUAUUGUUCAAAUAUAUUUUCUGUGAAAAGUCACCAAAAAUCAUUUUUUUCUUCAAAUGGAUUAUAGUUGUGCAAUGGUACAAAUGCUGACUGAAAGUUCUUUUGUUACUGUAAAUGUGGUCAGGAGCUGCCUAGAAUUCCAAGUUGGCUGCACCAAUACAAGCUAGUAGCUCCUGACCAACUUGUCAGUAUUGCUGUUUACCCUUUCCUAUCAGUACUGUGCUAGUAUGUUUCUUGGAAAAGAAUAGUCUCAUCAAGAGAAGGGAGGGGGAAUUGAAAGGGAAAUCAUCUCUCCUUACGAAAAGUUUGCUAGCUUUUGAUGACCAGUACCCUGGUAAUACCUGAAGUUUCAUUGCAAAACGUGAUGAAUGUCAAAUCCAAUAUUUCGAGUUAACCCAUAUCAUGACAAGUUUGUCUUCUCAAUUUCAUAGCAAUGAGGGCAGCAGGAAGAACCCAGUACAUUUUCAAAUAAAUUCUUAACUUUGAAGAAAUGGAUAUGUCUCAUUUUGCAAUGAAACUCCUGACACCUUGUUUAACUCUUUAGUGCUUGAAUAUCUGUAUGAUGUGUUUGGAGGCUGUUUGUGUUCAGGGCUCCGUGUGACACUACAGAUACUUUUUGCAAGUUUUAGCAACUUGUGAUUGUCAACAGACCAGUUGUAUCAAAUAAAACAUUUAUUUAACUAA